CUCGUUCUUCUCCACCUUGUGAUCACCAAUUGCAAAACAACAAAAGAUGUUGCCAAGGAGGGCAUUGCUUUCAGCCUUACGCUCAAAAGAUGGCAAGACAGGAUCUGUGAAUGCGUCAUUAGCGGCAUAUUCGAUACGAUUUGCAUCCAAUCGUUCAGGAUCAUCGAGCGACGAUCCAAAAAGUCCUCGAAGAGCAACUUCGCCUUCUCCGGCAAAUGUCAGAAGUGCAGCUUCGAUUGCCAACCAAUCAACAAGGAAUCGUAAAUUGACACCAGCGGCAAAAGCCAAAGCACAAGCAUCUGCAAGUAGAGCGUUACGAGAACAAUUACAAGCUACAAAAGUGGCGGGAUCAGAUUUAGAGUCAAUCAAAGAAACAUUGAAAUCGGGAAGAGUACAAGAAUUAACAUCAUUGGACAAAGAUACAAUUGCAGAAGAUGCUGACGUUAUCGCGGAGGAAGCAGAUUCUCUUCCGGCUUCCGCAACCGCAACUCCACCAUUGGUACGAAGGAUAAGGGAUGUAUAUGCAUAUGCAACGGCAGAGAGCUACAAUUUUGAAUUGUUGAUCGCUUCUGGAAGAUUACCACCGCAAUGGCAAUUGAUCGAAGAUGGGAAUGUGAUUUAUAUUCCUCAUUGGCCUGCAAGACCUCCAACGACCACCAAUCCUUCUUCUUCCUCAACCGCACAUCCUUUUAUCGCCGGUGUAGGAGAAGCAUUCAUCUUUCGUUCGGGAAGUUAUGUGACUUGGGGUAUAAGUCACGAACAAAGUAAGAGAUUCUUGCGAAGCAUUAUUCGUGGCAGACCAAAUUCAGGCUCAAGUGCAGAAGUUGGCAUGUAUGCGGAAAUAGGUGAUGAAGGAAUGGAAUAUAUUCUUGCUGAAGAUCAAAUUACACGUGUUGUAGGCGAUGUGAUCGUGAUCGGUCAACAACCAAGGCAACAAGAAGAAUUGGAAGGUGAUUAUUUAGACGAAUCGAUACACAUUUCUGGCGAACCGGAAGAACCGGAUUGGACUCCAAUGUUGGCUCGUCUGGCAUUUUCGCAAGGUUUGAGUAGAUCCGCACGUCUUUCGGUACAAGAGGCAGCAUUAACGAAAUACUUGGAAGAAGUUGCGGAUAUGCCCGCACGUUUGGAAGCAGAAGGUAAAGUACCUUUGCCAAGACGACAAGUGAUUCGCAAAAUGGGAACGUUACUUAAACUUCGUCAACGUGCCAAUUUGGACUCUGAGAACUUCUUAGACGAUCCAGAGAUGUAUUGGGAAAACUUUGAGCUGGAAGAUCAUUAUGAUUCAAUUUGUCAAGCUUUGGAUAUCGAAACACGAUUCAAGGCAUACAAUGAAAAGUUGGAUCAUGGUGAAAAUUUGUUGGGCGUUUUGCGUGCUUUGCUGACCGAAUCUAGUACGCAUAGGAUGGAAUUGAUCAUUAUUUAUUUGAUCGCAUUUGAGGUUUGCUUAGCACUCAUUUCGCACGAAUACAUUCCUUCUCCGGAACGAAUCUGGAACAUGGUCACAGGUGCGAUCGGAGGCGAACCUUAUUCUACAAUUCCCGACUCGGUAGCGGAUGUCUCGCAUAAACAACUCUCCAAUCAAUCAGUCAGAGUUGAUUCUUCCUCCUCUACAUCACCACAACGUUCGCAAGUAUCGUAUUGGAAUUGGCUAAAGAAUUACAUCCCUGGCCUCCGCAAUCAAAACUCAUCACAACUCUCAACAAACGCAACCGAGCAUCUUGUAUAGAAUAUUGUAUUAUAUCUUUCACCACUCUAAUAUAUAUACCAUUCAUGCA